AUGCCGCCGCUCGCCCCGCCCACACCGAUGCCGCCGCUCGCCCCCGUCACCGCCGGUGGCGCCGCUUGCCCACGCCCCCGCCGGUGUCGCCGCUCGCCCACGCCCCCGCCGAUGCCGCCGCUCGCCCCCGUCACCGCCGUUGGCGCCGUUCGCCCACGCCCCCCGCCGGUGUCGCCGCUCGCCCACGCCCCCGCCGGUGCCGCCGGUGCAGCUGUUCGCCCACGACCCCGCCGGUGCCACCGCUCGCCCCCGCCCCCGCCGGCUACGCUUGACGCCAUGUUGGGAUUUACAGGAUGGUAUGUUGGUGACAUUACAUAUGAUAUAUCGGCAUACAGCAAUGUUCAUCGCUCAUUGCGGUUACCUUUUGGUUUACACUGGUUCUAUAAUUCUGCUUAUGAAGCACAAAGACUAGCUAGAGCCGCAGCCUUCCCCCGCCUCGCUUGCGUAGCGGGACGCCCUCCGCGCCGCCGAGGAGUUCUUCUAUGGCUUGUUCGAGCGGGACGCCGCGCUGCGGGGUACUACGAGCCGAGCCCCGAGGAGGGGGAGUUCCGGUGCGUGGGGAGGAAGAGGAAGGGAAGGAGCCAGACCAGGAGGUUCCGGGACUGCAUCAGCCUCGUGCACCACGCGCGCGACGCCAAGCACUGCGGGAGGCCGCUGGCGCACCGCGCGCUCGCCGCCGUCGUCUGUCGCGUGCUCGGCUGGGACGUCAAGCAGCUGCACAGCAUCGUCAUCGACCCCCGCGGCACCUCGGCCAGGCCCUCCUCGCCAGGUUGUAAGACUGCAUCACCGACCAACGAGCUCUAUUUGCCAUUUGAUGAUAAGCAACGAAAAAUACUCAUGGACUGGUUUUCUUUAUUAAGACGAAGUGAUGCUGCCAGAUUUGUAGAGAAGGUUGACCCACCGAAGGGCCUGUUGCUGACAUCAGCAAUGCGGAUUUAGGAACAAAUAGAGUUGCAAGUCAAGAAGGGUAUUCUCCUUGGAAAGAAGAAUUGGAGUGCUUAGUUCGUGGUGGGUUGCCAAUGGCUUUGAGAGGAGAGCUAUGGCAAGCUUUUGUAGGUAUUGGAGCUCGGCGA